UUUUGUGUGGGUCAUUUCGACUUCGUUCAGGAUUUGUUUAUUUUAGUUAGGUAUUCUUGAGUCCAGUACUAGAGGGCUACCUGUAGUCGUGUUUGUCUGGUGACCAGCAUGCAACCAUGGCACUCCGCCGUUCAGUGUUACGUAUGGUAGGAUGCUCGGCCAGGAGACUAGCCGUGCCACAACCUGUGGUGAAACUUCAAACAUGCCAGUUCUCUGUGCAGCCAGUGCGUCAGGCCCGUGUUAACACACUCGCGCCGGUGACAUUUCUAGAUGAUCAAGAGGAUGAGCUGACUGCACUCCGACGUAUUGUGCGUUCGCACACGCCAAAGACGCUGACUGAAGAAGUCAAGGCCGACAUCCUCAAGCGUGUCCAGCAGAUCUUUGGUCCUCACACACAAGAGAUUUCGUCUGUAACCUUCCACUGCUGCCCGUUCUUUGUCGCCGCAACCGCCGGAAUGCCCUUCGAGCGCCAGACCUCUGGCAAUCGCCUGGUGGUCGUCUACGCGCCCACAAGCAACGAGGUGGUCGAGUGUCUCUCCAACAGGUCUCUCCGCCACCCACAUCACUAUGAUCUGGAGGAAUGGCUUGUGAUCCGCGACCUUCCCGUGUUUGUGCUGGGCUUUGCACGUGGCAUGGGGUUGAUGGUCGAAGUGGCCCAGCCGUUUGCAGAUUGCCUCUUGUAUCGCAGUGAGAGCCUAACCGAGGCCCUAUCCAUGGUCGAGAACCCGCGCGAGUUCCACGCCCGGCCAUUUCUGUACAAGUCCUCGCUGGAAGCCGUCAAUGCAUUUUUCCCAAGUAACUGGCAGGUGAAGGAGACCACCGUUUCAAAAGUAAUUCUUUUCGAUCUGCUCUGUCGCGGUCUCUGGAUACAUCAUAUCAUCAAUCGGCAUGUGCGCAACGAGCAGCCCUACACGCACUGGCCAGACUUGAUCGGUGAAAAGCUCCUGUCGGACAAGGAGGUCGAGCUGCUCUCGGCAACCCUGGAGCCGGCUUGCAGGCCCGAUGUCGCCCAGUUCCUCUACCAAUGGUAUUUCCCAUUUUACGCUCGGCUGAAUGACCUCUACGGUUCGCCACCAAACAACACACUGAUUGAGCGUUUACAGGAUUUAUCAGCUGAACCAUAUAAGGGAACAUUCAAGGAUCCACCAACUGAGAAUACAGCACAACUUGAGCUGGCCAAGUCCUUACUGAGCCCGUACCAGAAGGAUACGGACAGCAUGAUGGAUCAUGUGCGAAACACUCGCAUCAUGCGCCUCGUCAAGACGGGCAGCUCGCCAUUCUGCCUGAUUAACCCGGAGGAUCUGGUCUACGUGUCCAUGAGCGGAUCGCAGCUCUACAACGUCAGCCUGCCGACCAGUGAUGAAGACGUCGGCUGCGUGUUCCGUUGGAACGACCCAGAGAUGAUUGUGCGCCAGUAUGCCUGCCUGGAACCGGAUGUGUACGAGUUGCGACCGUUUGCACAGCAGUCCGGCGACCGAGCACUCGCUUCGCUGGUCGGAUUCGAGGCUCGCAAGUUUGUCACUAUGUUGCUGGGCGGUGCCAUUGAGUGGGUGCAGGUGAUUUUUGCCAGGGACGCGUUCUACGAGACGUCACAUUUCUCGAAACUGGUCGAAAAACGUCACCUGCUUCUGUCUCACACUUUAGUCGAUGCAUAUAUUGGAUACCUUAAUCGAGCUCUUUACAGUGCCAAGGCGAUGGAUGCUAUCGAUCAGGAAGAAAGCCCUGUCAAGUCCUUAUAUCACAUGUAUCACAAGUUGAUACAGCUGGAGCAGUUGGUGCGUGGUGAAGCACCGACUCCGGUGGUAACUGGUGAAGCUCGCGACUUGAUCAUGAAAAUUCGUACUUCGGAUCGAUCGGUGGAGUUUGAUUAUCUAGUGCAAGUAGCCGAGAAACGCUAUAACGAGGCAGUGCGCAAGCAUCGUUACGAGCCCUGCCACUUCCCACGGCAAUCCGACAAGACGUUUUUCGUGCAGUGGCUAUCUGAGCUCUAUGAUUUGGACAUCAAGGACCUACCGCGAAUGGCCAAAGAGGUCCGCCGGUCCUGAUCUACACCAUAUUCUGUAUGGCGGAUGCAUGAGUUUGUAUUUCGCUCGGUGGUAUCAUUGCGCUGUUGUCUUUCUUUCUCUCUCUCUCUUUCACUCUCCCUUUCUCUCGCCCUCUCACUCACUCACUCACUCUCUCUCUCUCUCUUCAUUCUCUCUCUCUCUCUCUCUCUUCUUCUUCUUCUUCUUCUUCUUCUUUGAUUCCACUGCUGGAUCAGUGGUGCUAACGUUAGAGAUAUGUCCUGUCAUUGUACCAUUAUUCAUUUCAUGAUCCACGCUUGAGCCUGGUGCACUUGAUCACUGUAGACUGGACUCUGUAGAACUAAUUUCUUCUACCCGUUGA